UGUUAAAAAAUUACAGAAAAAAUGUGUAAAUUUCUGUGUAAAAAAAAUAAUUUAUUAAAUAUUUCAUGUGAAAUAAUUAUUGGAUUUAUAUGGAUGUUAUCCGUAUUUAUGGUGGAGAGUUCUGGUAUUGUUAUAAAGCCAGGUGUACUAUGUGAUUCAAUGGCAUGUAAAUGUGGAUAUGAUUUAAUUAUAUGUGAAUGUGUUCAACAAAUUCAGCGUAUCGUGAUAAAACCAAACGAAAUUCGGCCGGGUGCAAGUAAUUUAACAAUAAUUAAUUGUGAUACCAUACAAAUUCAAAGUGGUGCCAUAAACAAGAUUGGAAGUUUACGAACAGUAAACAUUCACAAUGUAAAACGUUUAGAAUUACAAGAGAAAUCCUUUCAAUGGGCUGGUGAUGGUAUGCCACCAUUAACCGGUUACAACAUGGACUUUCCACGAUUAUCAAUCCAUAUCUCCAACACAAAUAUACCAGAUGUAAGUCGUUAUGCAUUUAAUGGUAAUAUACGUAAAAUAUCAAUGGAUAAUGUCUACAUUGGAAAAAUUCAACAUUUCGCAUUCUCCAGUUUAAAUGGAAUGGAAAAAUUAGAAUUUAAAAAUUCAGUAGUAAAUAAUAUUCAAGUACAAGGCUUUAAAAAAUUUACAACGAAUUCGAUAAUGAUCGAAAAUACAACAUUUAAUAGUGAUUUAGUUAGUCGAACAUUUUCGGACAUAGAAGUGCGCGUAUUAUUUCGUAUUUCACAAAGUCAUCUUAAAACAAUUAAACCAAGUGCGUUCAUUUUAAAUAAACCAUUAAAAGUUGAAGUGACCGAUUCACAUUUUAAUCAAUUAGAUGGUGAAUCUUUUAAAAUAAAUGUAUUAGGUGAAGCAACAUUUCGAGAUAAUUCAUUCGGUAGUUUACAAUCUGGUGCAUUUAUUGGCAUCACCGCUGAACGUACUCCAAAGUUAGAUUUUAUAUUCGCAAAUAACUACAUCAACGAAUUACAAGAUCGUGCAUUAGAAAUUAAUACCACCGGUUUUGAUGUGAAAUUUUAUACGAUUAAUCUAAAUAUAACAUGUUCAUGUGAAAACAUUGUAAAAUGGACGUCAAUGUUAUAUAAUAGUGAUACAAAUGUGUUACAUUGUUUAAAUGAUAAUAAAAAUUGGAAUUUUGAAAUGAUAAAUGCACAACAUUAUUCAGCGAAACAUUGUGGAUCAACACGAACAUUUAAAACAUUUGUUUAUGUUACAACAGCGUUAAUUAUUAGUAUUGUGAUUUUAGUAAUUGUGUAUUUUUAUUUACGUAGUCGUUAUCAACGUACACAUAAAAAACAAUGGAUUAAUAAUGCUUCGCCAUUAGCACAACGUAAAAAUUUUAAUAAUAAAAAUAAUACUUUGAAAUGUAUUAAUGGAAAGUUACCAAUGGUUGUACCCGAUGGUAGAACUUAUCGUGAAACAGUUGUUGUUGUUGAAAGUGCUGAUCUUUUAACAACUGAUUUGUAGUCAAUUGUAUAAAAAUUUAUGUAAAAUAUAAAUAAACAAUG